AUACCGUAUACGGCCCUUACGCAGUACUGCACCGCGGACCAUCGUCAUCGCAUAUACAUCCUAGGCUGCGCCGCUGCUGGACAGCAUCAUGUGCAGUACCAAAGCCGCGGAAAAGCUCAAUUGAUGGCCACUGCUGCAGUCCGGAGUUAUCGUGUAUGUGCUUACUUCCGGCCGGGCUUCUGAUGCAUGCACGCGAGCGCGAUGAGGAGCGUUCAAUUGCCGUCCCAGCAGCAGCCUUCUACUCACGCGCGAGUGCUGUGCUUGCCGUGUACGGAUACUUACGAUCACGAUCACGAAUACUCAAACUCACCACUACAACUCGUGACUUAUUGCUGUACCAAGCUCGCACGACAUUCAAAUUCACAAGUUUGCUCGGCCUUUGCACCAUUGGCGCUAUUGGCCUGGCCAUCUCUGUCUGCAUGUCUUGUAGGCACCGCGUGCCGCCGACCAACCGAUCUCCACAGCCUCAUCAGACUGCAACCCUGCCGAAGUUCAAUCGUGAAUGCCAUUGCACCCAUGCAGCUGCGGCUCUUCAAGCGCCGACAUCCGCACGGCACGGCACCACACCACGCAUCACCGGAGUGGCAUUUCCGUGCUGAUGCUUCUCACCUUACCUUUUGCACCACAGUCAGCGAUGGGCGUCAGCCUCACGUCGCCUGCUUGAGCGUCCAUGAUGGAUCCCAUAUAUGUAUCCACUCAAAGCCGUCUGUCUGUGCCCAUCUUCGGGGAGGUGCUGGUUCGAUCUGCUUCAACCAUGAAAUGCACGAAUGCCUUGAUGUCCACUUCCCUCUUGAUAUGUGUUUGUGCCUGGAUUCGUGGAUGGAUGCCGUUGCCGCGCCGUGGGUAUACGUCGUCGUCAAGCUUCGUGAUUCAUGCAUGCAGGGCCUCGCUGGAGCAAGUGCGCCCAGCAUCGCUCCGUCUUUCCUAAACGCCGAUCGAUCGAGCCAUAAGCUGUCGCAAAUUUACCAAGCCCGCGACUGCUUGCCCUGUGAAGCAUCUUCACUUGCACCCAAUUCCUCCGUCUCCAGUCCAAUGCCGAGGGUUCAUGUCUUGGCUUGGAGAACCUUACCGUGACGCUCGAUGGUAGAAAUUAGACGCACACCGUCCGGUCUGCUCGAAAUGUCAAGCCUGGCAGCCACGCGUCGAUGAAGUCUUGGUUCCGUGGGCACGAAAAGCCAUGCGAGCCACAGUGAAUCCGUGAGGCCGAGGAACCUCUCAAGGCUCGUCUAAGGCGGUGUCAUAAUGCCAUCAGACAUGUCGACACCCCUCAAAGUGAUAGCCAAGCUGUACCUGCACCAGAGAGGUGUCCUUCAUGCUUUGGAUGAGCUCAAGUCCGCAACGACGCCUCAGACGCGAACACACAAUCAGGCAUGCUGAUCGCUGCCCUGCCAAUU